UGAAAAAAUAUACUCCAUCUUCUGUUGAAGGUCAUCAUGUAUCUUAAGGAAACAAUUAUUCACUCCUUUCCUGCUUACUUACUUUCGUCCCUCUUUUUCUUCCCGUUUGAAGCAUUUCAGCGUUCUCGUUCUUCAAUUCUCAAUUCCGCAUAACGUAACUUUCGGAGUUCAGCACAUAAGUAUUUGCUUCUCUUUUAUUUCAGUAGGCCAGGGAAAAUAGCCAGCGAGGACGUCCAUUUGGAAGAAGUGAAUGUGUUAGGAUCACAAAAAUCAGCUCGGACACGUUUUUCGUAGGCGACGAGCCACUUGAAUCAUUCAUUCGGUCUGAUAUUCCAAUUUAUUGCGAGCUGUACAUCCAUACACUCACUUGGAUAUACAAUUUGUUUCAAUCCUUUCUGCAUCUUUCCUGCAACACUAUCCACUUCUAAUUUUUCGGCAUCACGACUGGCUUUCUUUGUAGCCUAUAACUUCUGUACAAUCGCAUACUUACACAUCACUUGAACCGUCACAAUGCCUCCAAAAUCAAACACGACGAAGAAGGAACGACUUACUCUGGCUCAAUUAUGGUCAUACGAUGAUAUAUUGACAGAUGCGCUUGUUGACCAGGUUUACUAUUGGACCAAUAUUCGCAAAAAUCGCAUCGCAUACCAUUCAUCUCGUGGAAUUAGAGAGGAAGAUGUGACCAAAAUUCUCCAAAAUUCAGUCAUCAUUGAGAAAAACACUGCAAAAGCAGAGGCAGAACUCUUAGCUCUUCCAGGUCUCAAGAAAUUUCAACAAAGUCUCAAUUCGGAAAAAGAAAAGGAGGACUUUAGGCGUCAUCUUAAAAAGUACAUCAACAUUUAUCUACCUGAUUGUCCAUUCGAAGUUUCGAGCACGAAUCGUUAUACUGUUGUUACACAUGAAGCGGCAGUUGUUGCGCGGAGGGAAAUUAGAAAAGGAGAGGUAGUCAAAUAUCUUUCCGGAAUUCCAAAGACUUUAGGCAUUGUUAUGUCAAGUCGUAACAAAUCUGCAUCACUAUUUCUCGGACCAGCCCGAUUCGCAAAUCACGAUUGUGGCGCAAAUGCUCGUUUGAUGACGAGCGGAACUGCCGGAAUGGAGAUUAUUGCAAUUAGGGAUAUUGAGAUUGGGGAGGAAAUUACGGUCACCUACGGCGAGAGUUAUUUCGGCGAGGAUAAUUGCGAAUGUCUAUGUAAGACUUGUGAGGAUAACCGCGAAAAUGGAUGGGCCCAAGAUGAUGAUAAUAAUGAGUCUAUUCCCAAAUUAUCAAUUGAACAGGAACCAUCACCCCCAGAGGUACCAGGUUAUAGCCUUCGACGUAGACGACGACUCACUUCUACGGUAUCUGAAUCGCGUUCCGAAUCGAUGACACCUGACAUUAAUUUACGACCACAAGUACGAAAAAUGCCACCAAAGUCGGGUAGAUCGGCUUCGUCAGCUCAGAAUGGACGCUCUCCUGCUCUGGGCUCUCCACCUUCAGCCUCAAAUCGGCCUGUAUCUAAAGUAGACCAAGUUGAUGAAGACAACCUACUAUCACCAACAGGAUCAUCGAAGCGAAGAAGAAUGCCUAGCGAGGAAGAUUGUUCACCAAGUACUCCGAAAAGAAGACGACCAUCUCAAAAGAUUGCGCGUUCUCCAUUAGGAGUUCUACAUGGAGUGAACGGAAGCGAAAUGCCUAGCUCCCCGGAAUCGGAUAUACUACAACAAAACCUUCUGGUCGAAUGGGACCAACCGGUAACUCCAGGUAUGCCUUCACCAAUAAUAGAUCCUGGAAGAUCUCGGCCAUUGAGAUCAAGCACACUUAAGCGAAAGAGAGACUCUGAGGAACCAACAGUUUCGCCAUCCGACACGACAAAGCGAUUGAAGAGCCAGUUUUCUGUAAAAGUUGAAGAGUUCACACCUACAUCAUUUUAUGGAAACAAUGGCCAUGUCACCUUACCAAGUUCUGCUUCAGAAUCCAGGAGAGCAAGUUUCACAUCCUCUCCUUCAGGGGAGGAAAAAGGGGAAACAGAUGCAACAUCGGUCGAUGAAGAAGAGACGAUCGUGGUACUAAAUGAGAAACCUAUUUCUGUCGAUUCUAAACCUAAGCGACAGGGUUACGUGAAAAGGGGAAAUCAUGGUGGUCGAAGAAGAGGGCCGUUAUGGGAGAAGGAAAAGCGAGAAAGGGCGGGCCAAACAAAAGUCAUCACACCAUCAGAAAUUCAGAAUGCAAAGAAGGCGCCAUCAGAAGCUGUUCUCGUCAGUCCAAAUACCAGCAAGUCACACCCAGCUUUACAGGAUGAUGCAGAUUCGUCCGCCCUUUCCGAUCUUGGAUCCGACAUGGAAAUAGACGACUCAACAAUGACAAUCUCGAAGAAACUUCCGCAGCCCAAAAUUCGACGACGCCGCAAAGGAGUAGUUGUACCAUCAACUAAUGAUAAGGAUCAUGCGCCAAAUGUACGAAUUCCUGGUGACUACGUAUUGACCCAUGCACUUCUCGCUGAGCCAGCAUCAGCAUGGAUCAAUUGCAAGAUCUGUGAAGAACCUUUUGUUCAGAAAGAUGCAUAUUUUACUAGAUCAUCUUGUCCAAGAUGCGAACGCCAUAGUAAGCUGUAUGGAUACAUGUGGCCAAAAACGGAUAAAGAGGGCAAACAUGAUGAGGAAGAAAGAGUUCUAGAUCAUCGUACUGUUCAUCGUUUUAUCAAAUCCUCGGAAGAAAAAGACAUCAGGAGGAAGAGUGGACGCGGGAGUACUGGGAGUAGAGAAGUAACGAAAGAAGCUAGUGUAACUCCAGCGGCAUCUGUUAAGAUUAAUGGGGUAAAGAAAUCAUCCAAGACAGGUGGUCUAUUGAGAGUGUAUGGGAGGAAGAGUGAACGAACUAGGAGAGAUAGAUUCACUUUGUAA